AUGGUCGACACCACCCAACAACAACAGCAACAAAUGCACAAUAUCAAACCAGCCGACCUCCAAGCCUUCGUCACCCAAAUCCUCAUCGCAAACAACACACCCCCCGAUAACGCCGCCAUAGUCGCAAAAUGCCUAGUCUCAGCUGACCUACGCGGCGUGGACACCCACGGCUCAAACCGAAUCCCCUCCUACAUGGAGCGCAUUCGCCAAAAAGCCCUCGACCCAACUGCCACACCCACACUACGCCAAAUCACGCCCGUAGCUGCGCAAAUCGACGCCCACAAUGGGUUCGGCUUUGUCGCGGCGCACGCGGGUAUGGCCCGCGCUAUUGAAAUGGCUCAAACGUUUGGUAUGGGCAUGGUAUCUAUCAAGCACUCGAAUCAUUUUGGUAUGUCGGCUUGGCUGGUGAAGCAGGCUCUGGAUGCGGGUAUGAUGAGUCUUGUGUUUACCAAUUCUUCGCCUGCGCUGCCUGUUUGGGGUGGAAAGGAGAAGUUGAUGGGUGUUUCGCCUAUUGCGUGUGGUGCACCUGCUGGAGAUGCUUCGAGGCCGUUUAUCCUUGAUAUGGCGCCGUCGAUUGCGGCCCGGGGGAAGAUUUAUAAGGCUUUGAGACGGGGGGAGCGCAUUCCGACUGAUUGGGCCCUUGAUAAGGACGGGAAUCAGACAGAUGAUCCUGCCAAGGCGCUUGAGGGGGUCAUGUUGCCUAUGGGGGGACCGAAGGGGUCGGCGCUGUCGAUUAUGAUGGAUGUUUUCUCUGGUGUAUUUUCCGGGGCUGCGUUCGCUGGCCAUGUUACGAAUCCCUAUGAUCCGUCUAAGCCCGCGGACGUGGGUCAUUUCUUGGUUGCUAUCAAGCCGGAUUUGUUUAUGACCAUGCAGGAAUUUGAGGAGCGGAUGGCGUAUCUCUAUAAGAGAGUGGUUGAGUCGGAGAAGAUGGCGGGCGUGGAUCGAAUUUACUUCCCUGGGGAGAUCGAGAUUCUUACGGAGGAGAAGCGUCUGGUGGAAGGAAUUCCUUUUGCUGAGGCAGAGAUUGCAGGUCUGAAUAAGGAAGCUGACCGAGUUGGUGUUGAGCAUUUGAAGGUGAUCGGUUGA